AUAAAGAAAACAAAAUGAUUAUUGAUAGCUGCUAUGAAGCAAUUGUUGCAAAGUUAACAGCACAGGGAAGAAUAAAGGAAAUCUCACUGCAAUUGCGGUUAAUGGAUACAAAUGAUAAAAGAGUUCUUUUUGUUUAUAAGAUUUUUGAGGAUUUAAAUGCCUUCCCAAAAGUGCUAGAUGUUCACAAAAAUGAUAACCUUUCCUCACACUACCGUAACCUAGGUAACACUUGCUUUCAAGAGUAUAAACACCAUAAAGCUUGGCAGUAUUAUAAUUUAUCACUUCUAAAUGCAACUUUGAAGUCUGAAAACUACUGUUUAGCAUUGUCUAAUAGGUCAGCAGUUUUUUAUGAAUUGGAAAAAUUUCAUGAAUGUUUGCAAGAUAUUGAAAGUAUAUUGCUAUUAGAAUAUCCUAAAAAAAUAUUGGAGAAGCUUAUGAAAAGGAAAGAAAUGUGUGAGGAGGUGCUAAAAACAAAAGCUGUUGAUGUUGAAUUACAUGAAAAGCUUGAAAUAGAAUGUGUAAAAGAUUCCAGAUAUUUGGCUGCAAGUGAUAAAUUAGAAGUGCUUUACACAAAUGAGAUGGGAAGACAUGUAAUUGCGAAAAAGGAUAUAAAAGUGGGUGAGGUGUUGGCCCAAGAAGAUCCUUAUUUCAGUUUAUUAUUAAAAUCACAACUUCUUUGUAGUUGUAGCUACUGUCUGUCUCGAAGUUUAAAUCUUAUACCUUGUGACAGCUGCUGUUUAGCUCUCUAUUGUAGUGUUGAAUGUAAGAAUAAAGCUUGGCAAGAAUAUCACUCAGUUGAAUGCCCCUUAAUGGUAACGUUAAUGAAGAUGGACUUUACAAAAUUAGAAUUACUUGCCCUAAGAACUGUUAUCAGAGCUCGUCAUGAUCACAACAAUUGGAACGAUCUGUUAAAAACUAUAGAAGCAGCUGAUGCCAAUUACAAUACAGAAUUCCGUGGACAUGUCAAAAUUAAUGAUAAAUGGAUAUAUGAUUCCAAAUACUAUGCAUCUAUUCACACAUUAGCAACAAAUAUAGACAAGAGAUCUAUUUCUGAUAUAUUUCAGAAAGCUUUGACAGCUGCAGUCUUUCUUAGAUUUUUGGAACAGAAUACUAUGUUUUUAAAUGUUGAUUCUGAUGAAGACAAGGAGAACAUAAGAAGUGUUGUGGCAGGACUUUUGUUGUUGCAUAUAAUGACAAGUCCUACAAAUAUGCAUGGUAUAGGUACAAAUGUACAGGGUAAAAAUGGCGAAUAUGUAGAGGAAGCAAGUUUAGCAAGUGCACCUUAUGCAUUUUUCAGCCUUCUCAAUCACUCUUGUGCUCCAAAUGUUGUGAGGUUCAACAAACUAGGUUCUGCAACAAUGACUCUAUUUGCUUUAAGACCUAUAAAGAAAGGGAUGCAAAUUUUUGAUAAUUACGGUUCACAUCAUGGAUUGGAAGGUCGUGUGGCUCGGCAAGAAUCCCUAAAAUUUCAGUAUAAGUUCACAUGCAUGUGCGAAGCCUGCGUAAAUAAUUGGCCCACAUAUUUUACUUUGGCUUCCUCGCAGUUCACAAUAGCACCACCAAACAUUUCGAAGGCUAAAAAUAAAAUUUUGACUCUGGAAACUAUAAGAAAUUUAAAAAAGGGUGAUGUAAAGACAGCUGGACAGGUGUAUAAAAAGCUGUGCAUAAUGGGUGAGAUGUUGGAGCCAUAUGCACCUUGUAUGGACCUCUGUGAUGUUCAGGAAUCUAUAAAACAAUGUUUAUGUAUAUUCGAAGGCUUGCCCAACUAUGGAGGUACUCAAUUAAUUGAAUGGAAAGAAAUGGUUCCUGAGGGAAAUAUAUUUUGUAAGGUGAAUAAUUCUGUUAAAGAUACAUUCAAGGCUAUGGUGUUGCAUUGAAAAGUACAUUGCACUAACACACAAGAUUGGUUUGUUAGAUUGAAGAAUGUAUUCAUGUAUCAGAACUAUUAAACCUUUAACAGUUUAUCUAUUAUAGGGUAUAAUAGAGUCUUACUACCAUUUUUUAAAGCAGCAUUAAUGUCAUUAUAAUAACGAUUACCUGUCUUCUGAACAUGAGUGAACAUUAUUACAAUAAUACUGCUUUAAGGAUACAUAUAUGUAUAUGCAUAAAACAUUGUGUUCUUUGUUUUGGUUAUAACUUGUAUAGGAGAAACAUUACUUCUUCUCUAUCAUGCCUACCACAGUGCUGAUGCUGGUCUGAAGAUCUGUUUGGUGUGGAGUAUAAGGAUUGAAGAAGUUAUAAAUUACACCAUUCAUAUUCUCUUGCUUUUCGCGGAGUACCUAUAGCAAAUUAAGCUUAAUUUUCUUAACAUAGGAUUCCGCAAAGUAAGGCUAAAUUUAUACCGCCGCUGAAUGGAAUGGAAUGCUCGCGUAUUCUCGCGAAUUCCAGCUAAUUAGCACGACUACGCCCUGAGGGACGUUCAGUUUCGAUCUUUACAAGAAUGGUUGACGUGGAUCUUUUGACGGCCGACUGGCGCAGUGGGCAGUGACCCUGCUUUCUGAGUCCAAGGC